CCCGCAUUGACGUGUUUGCACCGGGAAUCGAAUUGGAGAAUCGAUCGUAGAUCCAGGUCAAAGUCUCUCGUCGCUCCUGGCAACCAUCGAUAUAUAGACAGCAACUCCCGACAUAUGAGGCUUUUAUUCAGGUUCAUCUGCUUCUUCUCUGUUCAUCAUGCCGAGACCACGUAGCGUUAACGAGUACAACUUGCUACGACACCAAGUGGACCCUCUUACCGAGCCUGAAUCACCGCCGCCAGCUCCUACGACGACCUACAUAAGCGGUGCGGAACUGAGUCACAUUACGCAAGAUUGGAAUUGGCCGUCUCCAUUGCAGCGAAUGGUGCGCUCUGUCGGCUGUGACUUACCGCAACAUGUGGCUGAAAAAUUCAGUGACCAACUCUCAGAAGCUAGGGCAAAAGCGGAAAUUACUACCAACGGCCCGUCAAAUCCAUCCCAAGAACGAAAACCGUUUUUCCAGUCGAUUCCAACCAUCUCCAUCGACGACGAAGUCGAGAAAGGAACAGAAAACGAUUCAAUUAUGACAUGGACCCGCCGUCCUACAUUACACUCGAUCGCUUCAUCGUGUAUUAGUGGAAACAGUUCAAUGACGGUUUUUUCAAUCGACAAGAAUCAUUUUGUAACUUCGCGGAUACAGCGACUUGUAAGCGCUUUUACCGAUCGCGCCAAAUCUCUCAAGGAACGCAUUGCCCAACCGCCAACACCUUCAACUGAUUCAUCCGAGCGUGGCGAAAGAGGACCAGCACCUCUUCCUCCGCCCUUAAACUUACGCUACGAUCCACCGAAUGAACCCGAUGGAACCAGAGGAGCGAAACCAUUUCGCAUCCCCAGCACGUUCCACCCUCAAAGCUCAGUCUACAUAUCUUGGCUUUUUGUGGUCUCUUCAGCGUUCAUGUACAAUUUGUGGAGCGUUCCGCUUCGAAUUACCUUUCCUUACCAAGAUGACUCGAAUAUCUAUUACUGGCUAGUUGCUGAUUACGUAGCUGACGCGGUCUACCUAAUCGACACUUUCCUCGUCCAUCCGAGGCUCCGUUUUGUUCACGAAGGCAAUUGGGUCGAGGAUGUAACCGAUUGCCGCAGAAACUACAUCGCCAGCUUGGGAUCAAAAAUCGAUAUUUUAUCCCUAUUUCCAUUGGAUUUCCUCUAUUUUUAUUUUGGUCUUCAGAGCUCCCUUCUGCGUUUUCCUCGAAUGAUAAGAAUUUUACCAUUUUGGGAGUUCUUUGAUCGUCUCGACAUGAUGGCACCAUCUCCUUUCGUCAUCCGUGUCAGCCGGACACUCUUCUACAUGCUCUACUUGAUCCAUCUUAAUGCCUGUGCUUAUUUCUUCUAUUCCAAGUGGUCUGGCAUCGGCAAUGAUGCCUUCGUCUUCCAAGGAGAAGGAAAUGCAUAUCUGCGCUGUUUUUACUUUGCCAUGAAAACUGCCACAAAAAUCGGAAAGAAUCCUAAACCAGCCAAUAAUGUCGAUAGGACGUUCAUGAUUUUCAACUGGCUUAUUGGUGUUUUCGCUUGCGCAGCCAUCAUCGGCCAGAUCAGGGAUAUUAUGGCUGCAGCCGAAAGGAGCACAACCGAAUACCGUGAACGUCUCGACCGCACUGUCCAGUUAAUGAACCGUUUAAAUUUGCCACCCAAGAUUCAGGACCGUAUCAGAAUGUGGUUUACUUACAGCUGGUCGAUGCAGAAGACGCUUGAUGAGAUAUCGUCACUUGUAUCGUUGCCUCACAACAUGCAAAUGGAUAUUGCCAUGAACGUCCAUAUCCAAACACUUUCCAAGGUGCAGCUUUUCCAGGAUUGCGAUUCUGCCUUAAUUCGCGAUUUAGUACUAAAACUGAAGCCCGUCCUUUUUCUACCGGGGGAUUUGGUUUGCAAAAAGGGAGAAGUCGGAAAAGAGAUGUACAUUGUAAAAACUGGAACAGUUCAAGUCAUGGGUGGACCGGCUAACGAUAAAAUAUUGGUGGCAUUAAGCGAAGGCAGUGUGUUUGGAGAAAUUAGUUUAUUGGCUGUUGGAGGAGGAAACCGAAGAAUGGCGGAUGUUAGGUCUCAGGGAUUUUCCAAUUUAUUUGUUUUGAGCAAAAGCGAUUUGAACGAGGCCCUCGAAUAUCAUCCUGAGGCGCAGAAGAUCUUACAAAGAAAAGCCAAGAAACUGGUGAAGAAAAGCUCCGAACGGCAGCUGUCUAGCGAGCCAAUACUUACUCCUAAACCCCCCACACCUAAGCUAGUCAAAACUGUUCUUCAGGCUAUCUCAGCCGAUUCGAAGACGAGACAAUUUCUUCUACAAGGAUCAGGAACAACAUACAGAACAACGUCUUCGAUGCCAAAGUUAGCGCACGCGUCUUUUCCUUCUGAUUUUGGGGUUCCAAGGAGAAAACAUGGAGCUGACGAUGUUUUAAUAGAAAAGGAUGCACGAUCGUACAGUGAAGAAGUUUUGCUGAAACCCAAUUAUCUUGCUGCCAAUAGUCCGGGAGCUCCGACAAUCAGACGCCAUGUCUUUAAGGUUGCGUCCAAUCGAAUCGUUCCAGUCAACUUACGAAAGUCCGAAUAAAAGCUUAAAAAAUUCAAACGGAAAAUGGGAGACCCAUUCAUUGUUCACGCGUCCAACCGUAAUAAGCAGCACUCACCUUGUUACGAAUUGUUUGAUCAUUGUUUAGCGCAUAAAGCGUAAUGGCAUUCCCUUGGUACUAUUAUUAAUGUUUACAACUGUUUUACUUUUCUACACGCUACUCCGGACGGCCAUUACAAACUUAUAUACAAUUAGAUUUUUAUGAUUUUCUGGUAUUCAAUUUUUUAAAAUUGUUAUUUAGAUAGUUUUAUUUCCCUUAAAAUUUCUUUAUCUAUAAGUCAUACACUUUAGAAUUUGGGCUAGAAUUGUUUUUAUUUCUGGCUCAUCACCCGGCUCAUCAGUUCUUGUCCGAAUCGAUUUUCUGUUUUUGUCCGAGAAUUUAUUUUCUGUUGUGGGCCGUAAAGUGUAUUACAGAUUGAACUGGAACAAAAUGU